AUGCGUGCCAUCCUGCAUGCGCUGUCCUUUCUGAGCCUUUGCACGUCUGUUUUCGCUGCAACAGCGGAACAAUGGAGGAGCCGUUCGAUAUACCAGAUCAUAACUGACCGAUACGCGCUCUCGAAAGGGGCCAAUCGCGAUGCGUGCGACCCGGGCGAUCAAACCUGGUGCGGUGGAACGUGGAACACCACCCGGGAAAAUUUGGACUACAUACAGAACGCUGGGUUCACUGCCGUCUGGAUCAGCCCUGUGUCCCAGAAUUACGAGGGCCCUCGCACCAGUUAUGGAGAUGCGUACCACGGCUACUGGAUUGCGGAUGUGACGGAGCUGAACAAUCGUUUCGGGACCUCGGAUGACCUGAAGGCACUCUCAGCGGAACUGCAUCGGCGGGGAAUGUACCUCAUGGUAGAUGUAGUUGUCAACAACGUCAUGGGCACUUCCAUAAUGCCGGAUCUGUCAACCUACUACUUCAAAGAGCAGUCACAAUACCACCCGUAUUGUCCUAUCCAGUGGGGCAACACGACCAGCGAGCAAGAUUGUUGGCUGGGCGAUAAGGUGGUGACUCUUCCCGAUCUGAAUACCCAAGACCCGACUGUUGUUUCUGGAUAUACCGCGUGGAUCAAAGCGCUCGUCAGCGAGUACGAGAUCGACGGAUUGCGCAUUGACGGCGAGCUAUCUUCAUCGCAUGUCAACAUGGAUUUUUGGCCGAAGUUCUCUAGUGCAGCCGGGGUAUUCUGUAUCGGUGAAGUCUUUGAUAGCGACGUUGCCCAAGCGGCGCAGUGGCAAGGAACUGAUGCCCUCGACUCCAUCCUGAACUACCCCAUGUACGGCGCGCUGGUGGAUGCGUUCGGCAUUCCUGGUUCGCUCAAUACAAGCGCGCUGACCGAUAUGGUGACACAGUCGCAGAAGACGUUCAAGGAUACCGGGCUGCUGGGCAAUUUCCUAGAGGACCAGGAUGUACCUCGAUGGUCCAAUUUCUCCACGGAUCCGCAGAGCAAGUACAACGCUAUGGUGUUCAAUUUCAUGUCAGACGGGAUUCCGAUUGUAUAUUAUGGCCAGGAGCAGGCGUUCCAUGGUAGUGGUGACCCGUGGAACAGAGAGCCCUUGUGGCCCUCUAACUAUACCAACACUACGACAUAUCAGCUGAUGUCCACGUUGAAUAAGUUCCGCAACUUCCUGAUAAACGGCACCACCGGAUGGCUCAAUUCUUCGAUGGAAAUUCUGACAACAAGCCCAUACGGCAUUGGCAUGAUGAAAGGCGAUGUCGUGUCCAUCCUGACAAACAUCGGUUCUCCUCCGCAGAACGUCAGCAUUGCCGUUUACACACCAUACAAAGAGGAGACGUCCCUUACAGACAUCCUCUCGUGCGAGCAAUAUGCUGUUGGAAGUAAUGGCACUGUGGUGGUCUCAUACACCGAAGGGGGGCAUGCGACGAUCCUCCUGCCAGAUAGGCUGAUGAACGGCUCAGAUCUCUGUGGUUACUAUCCGGGCAGGAUUGAUUGGCUUGGAGAGACUGUGUCAACGCAAGCGGCAUCAGGCGCUCAGUUCGUGUCUGGUUCGGCAUCCAUAUUCAUACUUUCUGUCCUUUUGGGUAUAUGUACCAUCCUUGUAAUGUCGUAG